GAGUUCUCGCGAGAUUUGGGCUGGACUAAACGCCACGUCGGUUAGAUAGAGAAGGAGGGAGCAUCAGAUGAUCUGCUGCCUCUAAGUAAAUAAGAGUUCAAAUUAAAUAUAUUCAGAAAUAUAGAUUUACAGGGCACGUGCACGCUUCGCAGGCGGUGAGAUGAAGGCCCUAUAUGUGUCUGUGCUGCUGCUGGUGUUUGGUUUAGCAGUGCUGUCAUGUGACCACGGGCAUCAUCAUGGGCAUCAUCAUGGGCAUCACCACGGACAUCAUCAUGGGCAUCACCACGGACAUCAUCAUGACCAUCACCAUGGACAUCACCAUGGACAUCAUCACGGACAUCACCAUGGUGAUGUGAAGAUGUUUCAUGGUGCGAGCAAAUGGAGCGCAGAGGCAAAUCUUCCUCCUGAGGAGGAGGAGCUUCACCAUGACCACGACCACGACCAUGACCACGCAGAUGAUCAUGAACAUGACAAUACCCACGAUCACGGACACGCCCAUGAUCAUGAUCACGGACACGCCCACGAUCACGAUCACGGACACGCCCACGAUCACGGACACGCCCACGAUCAUGAUCACGGACACGCCCACGACGAUGGACACGCCCACGAUCACGCCCAAGAGCACGACCACGGACACGCCCACGAUCACGGACACGGACACGACCACGGACAUGACCACGGACACGCCCACGAUCACGGACACGCCCACGAUCACGGACACGCCCACGAUCACGGACAUGACCACAGACCCAUGCACAGCCCCAUGCACAGCCCUGGCAAACAGAGUGUGAAGCGCGAGUCGCAGGCUGAGAGCCGGGACACAGUGGAGCUGUGGAUGCAGGCGGUGGGAGCGACGUUGCUGAUCAGCGCCGCGCCCUUCCUCAUCCUCUUCCUCAUCCCGGUGCAGUCGAACUCGGAUCAGCACCAGAACCUGCUGAAGAUCCUGCUGAGCUUUGCUUCGGGGGGGCUGCUGGGAGACGCCUUCCUGCACCUCAUCCCUCACGCGCUGGCGCCUCACUCUCACCAUGGAAACGAGGACCAAUCAGCCGCCACCGAGGAGUCACAUGGUCAUUCUCACGGUGUAGCACACGAUCACAUGAUGUCUGUGGGUCUGUGGGUUCUCGGAGGCAUCGUGGCGUUCCUGGUGGUGGAGAAGUUUGUGCGUCUGCUAAAGGGAGGACACUCGCACUCUCACUCUCACUCUCACUCGCACGCUGCUCCGAAGUGCAAGGACAGCGACGGCGAGGAGCAGGAUGAGAAGAAGGAAGGAGCGAAGAAAGAUCAGAAAAAGGACAAGAAGGUGAAGAAAGCGAGAGAGGAGAGCUCAGACAUUAAAGUAUCAGGUUAUCUGAACCUGGCUGCUGAUUUCACCCACAACUUCACGGACGGUCUGGCCAUCGGCGCCUCUUUCCUUGUUAGUCCUGCCGUCGGCGUGGUAACCACCAUCACCAUCCUCCUGCACGAGGUGCCGCACGAGAUCGGAGACUUCGCCAUCCUCGUCCAAUCAGGAUGCACCAAGAGGAAGGCCAUGUGUCUCCAGCUCCUCACUGCCAUUGGUGCGUUAGCCGGCACCGCCUGCUCCCUAUUGGCCGAGGGAGUGGGCGCGGCCGCCACCGCCUGGAUCCUCCCCUUCACGGCCGGCGGUUUCGUUUACAUCGCCACGGUGACGGUGCUGCCGGAGCUGCUGAGCGGCCGCUCGAGCGUGGCUCAGUCGGUGCUGGAGGUCGCCGCCAUGCUGUUCGGCGUCGGGAUGAUGGUGAUCAUCGCCGAGUACGAGUGAGAUGCAGAGAGAGACUGAAUUCUUUCGAGACUCAGGGGAAGAUAAACAGUAAACGAUGUGUAAAUGUGUCAGUGAUGAUUUACAGAUGAGUGUGUGAGCGAGCGAAUGAGAAUUGGAGGCCUUUGUAAGAGAAGUGCACUAAAAGAUCCAAAGUCCGAGCCCUUUCACGACCCAAACGGACCAACAGCACUGGACAUGAUAACGUCCUCCCGAACCAGGGACCGAUUUACUGUCCGCUGAGACCACACACACACACACACACACACGCACACACACACCCCCACACACACACCCACAUACACACACACACACGCACACACACAUACACGCACACGCACGCACACACACACACACACACACAUUUACACUCACUUUUUUUGAUUAAUAUCCAAAUGAUGCACAAUUUAAAUUUAAAGAAAUUAUUUUUUGGACACAGUAAUGUUCUGUGUUGCUUUCUGAACAGUGGAAAGUGGCUUGCUGGCUCGUAUUAACUGCAGAUAUCCAUAUUAGUGCCCUAGACAAAGCUCACACCACCAAAACCGUGCAAGUGUAGCGCUUUGAUUUGCUUUGAUUUACAUCAUUUUCCAAAAGCAGGUCUUUUUUUUUUUUUUUUUUAAAAAAGUUGUUUUCUGCUUCUGAUUUUAAAAUUUUUUUUAACUUGAAUGAUAAAUGAAAAUUAGCUAUUUAGCUAGAUCACUGGACAAGGAAAGGUCCAGUGUGUUCCCCUGUCCCAUGUUUCAGUUGCCCAGAAACUGACUAGGCUUCAAAGUGGUAGUUGUAUAAUUAGGUAUGUUCAGCUCGUUAGCCAAGUUAUAAGUGCAUUAAUACAGACUAAAGGAAAGGAAUGAGUAUAUGAACUUCGCGUAGCAAUAGUUCUUGUCCUCCUUAUCUUCACCUGAUGUCACACGCCGCGUUUGCGACACCGCCAAAAAGUCACCCAGCUUAGAUUGAAUAACAUUUAAAAAAAAAAAAAAAAGCUGAGUAAAGACAGCAGUAGAGUCUGCCGAUCCGUUUAACUGCGAGGUACUGCGUGCGUUACGCAGGAGAUUUAUACGACACCUUCGCACCGCACUUUAUUCCACUCGGAUUCAUCGACGUUUCCAAAAAAACCUGCACGUUUCUUACUCUGAAAAGUUUAUCCAUCAUCCAGCAGUGCUAGUUAACUUAACUGUAAUGUGUGUAGUGCAGCAGGCGGUGUGAUUCUGAACGCGUAACUUAUAGCAUAGACGCGUGUAACAUAAAGCAUAAAGCGUAUUACAUCACCGUUUACAUCAAAGUCAGUAAGGAGUCGGGUUGUUUUUUCUCUUUCUCUACUUGUCUGCUGAGAAAAAACGAAUACCCCGGACAUUAAAUCUGCUGGUCCGGGUGCCUGGGCUGCUGAUUAACCCACUCCUUGUACAACAGCGACUUUCCACCAAAUUAAUAUAAUCAAAUAAAGGAAGCUAAUGUAUGUAAAGAUUGCUUCAUGUAACACCGUAUAGCGUAACAGCUAACAUCGGGAACUCUGAGAUAAGAUGCCUGCAUGUGAAGCAUCUCUUCACAACAUGUUAAUUUGGCGUUUUGUUUUAUUUAGCUCUGUAAUAUGGAUAUUAAUCGCAUCCUCCAUUCUGAGGUUUCUGGAAUAUUUGGGCUUUUUUUUGGUGUCCGGUUCGAGCCAGUAGAUGCAGUAAGACAUAAUCAGCAUGUUGGAACAGAAACAGUGUAAAAUCCUACAUCAACACGUUGACUUGAGAAAGUCCGGCAUUAUACUUUACGAUAAUUUUUCCACUUUUAGAGCUGGACUGCUUUAGUGAUGCUCACAGGAAGUAAUUAUUUUUUCAGCCACCUUGAUGUCUGUGUCACUUCCUCUGUUUGUAAAAGUUCAUUGCAGUUACUGAAGAGUCUGUUGUGUUUUGACGCAUGUGCCGAGAAUCAAUUCUAAAAUAUAUAACAAUGUUUAACACGCACUAUAUAGCUAUUGUGGACACUUAAAUAUUGGCACCCCCUCUUGUUCUGUUUGUAUAGAGGAAUUAUCAUACUGUCAUGACGAUAACUGUCUAAGCCUUUAUUCUGGUUUACGAAACUGUCACAAUACUGUAUUUAAAUACACUACUACAGAGACUGUCUUUUAGCUAACUGACCUUUAGCUAUCUGAGCUAGCUGUCAUGUCGUUUUAUGUCAGCUAGCUUACUGACAAAGUGUCCACGAUAACAAUAUUGUGCUUUUUAAAAAUGUUGGAAUAGAAAUCUUAGAAUUUAUGAUCCACACAUGCCUUCAUGUAGUCUGUUGUCUUCUUUUUUUGUUCUAGUUUGUUUAGUUUUAUUUGUGCAUGACUGUAGUUUAAUUCUGUCACAAAUGUCUCCAAGUCAUUCCCUCCAUGUUUUUUUUUUAUUGCUAUAUAAAGUGAACGUAGAUCACC